AUGUCUAUCAUCCUCGACCCGCCUGAGCUGGGCUUCCAGCGGCCCUUCAACCGUGAAGUCUGCCAGGUCCUACACCUGAAUAACGAGAACGCCGAACCCGUUGUGUUCAAGGUCAAAACCACCGCACCGAAGCACUACUGUGUUCGACCGAACUCCGGCCGCAUUGAGCCUGGAAAGAAUGUGGAGGUCCAGGUCCUUCUGCAGGCUAUGAAGGAUGAGCCUGCCAACGAUGCCAAGUGCAAGGACAAGUUCCUGGUCCAGACCGUCGCAGUUACCCGUGAGAUGGAAUUCUCGAAUGUCACCUCCAUUUUCGAGAAAGCCUCUAAAUCGGCGAUCCAAGAGCGCAAGAUCCGUGUGAACUGGUUGCCUGUGGAGGACGCUGAACCUGCCGAGCAAGGGGCUGAAGCCAAUGGAACCAGUGUCCCCGAAGACGAACCCCCCGCCUACACUUCCCCUAACGCUACUUACGAGACACCCGCUGUGGGCUUGACCAGCAAAGCCGCCAACGACACGUCACCUAUCCCACCGCCGGACUUUAGCGACAAGCCCAAGCGCGAACUCCUUAGUCCACAGACUGAGUCUCCUGCCACGUCUUCGAAAAUGGCCACUUCUCCGUCUAGCACCGACCUGAAAUCGCAACUUGCCGAUGCCAACUCUCAGAUCCAGAGACUUAAGGACAGGCUCGCGGACCAGGGGCUCCGGCAGAGGAAGAUCCCCGGCGAGACCGAGAAGUCCACCGCGCCAGCUUUGCAACAGCAAUCCCAGCCCGUCGAGGCGGGUGUGCCGGUGCAGGUGGUUGCGGGCUUGUGUCUGCUAAGUUUCCUGAUUGCCUACUUUUUGUUCUAG